CGAGCUCCGAUCGCCAGCAUAUGAGGAUAAACUAAUAACCGACACGUCACCUCGCGCACACCGCUCGCAGAGGUUGUGUUCGUCCGCCACGCGCGCGUCGAAAAUGCAACAGGAGAGAAGAGGAAGACGGAUGACGCACGACCGUCGCGGAAAACUGUGAAAUUUGGGGCAACUGUUUGCUGUUUUGUCAAGUCAGCGGCGUCUUUAAGGUGUCUCAAAGAGCUGUUAAGCAUGUCUAAGAUGCCGGCCAAGAAGAAGAGCUGCUUUCAGAUCACGAGUGUGACUCAGGCUCAAGUCGCGGCGAACAGCGUGACCGACGACACUGAGAGCCUGGAUGACCCGGAUGAGUCCCGGACUGAGGACGUGUCCUCCGAGAUCUUUGACACGGGCAGGAAUGAGGUAUGCGACAGGAGCUCCUCAGAGGAGAUUCUGAAUAAUGUGGGGGACUCAGAGGGCCAGACCCCCCAGAACGGCGGGUUUGUCCCGCGAAACCCCAGUCAGGCCUCUGGGACUCAAACAGUCACUAGUUCAACAAGCGCCACGACUAUAACCAGCUGCAGCUCUCGCUUCAGGGUCAUUAAGCUUGACCACGGCACCGGAGAGCCCUUCAGGAGGGGCCGGUGGACCUGUAUGGAGUUUUACGAAAAAGACCCCGAGGGCUCUGUGAUGAGCAGGACUGUGGAUAGUAUAAGACACACCAAUGUGAUUGAGCCCGGAGUGGAUAGAGACAGCGGCCUCGGGGCCACCGUCGGCUCCAUAAUGGCUCCUGAUGUAAAUUCAGACGGGUCGUGUUUCCAUCAUAAUCUAGAACAGCACGGCUUCAGCGUGGCCCUGGGGUCCGGGUCACCGGAGUCCUUUAGUAAUAAGCCAGUGCCUCCGUCAGCUCAGCACGAGGGAGGACACCCGGGUGCCCACCUUCAGAAAUCUCCCAGCAUCCCUCCGUCUCCUCAAGUGCAGCCGCUGCUUUAUCAACCCCAGCCUAUUACCCACCAACUGCAAAGCCAGCCGGCUCUGGUAUCAACCAGUCAGCCUGAUUUCGGCCAGCGCAGCCUGCCCAUCACAGUCACCCAGACUCUCCCUGGGGUGAGCCUUUCUUCCGGACAUGUCCUCAGUCAGGGGUCGUCCCCUCAUCCGACGCCAGCCACAGGAGGUGUGCAGGUUCUGGGUACAUUAGAAAUGUCUGGAGUCCCUGGAGGUGUUCCCUUAGGGAGCGCACCGCUGUCGCCUGUCCCGAAUCUGGCGGUGGGGCUGUUGAGCAGUGGUGCCACGAUGCCCUCCAUUCAGCAUCAGCAGCAAAUGCUGGCCCAAUACCAGGCCUCAGGAGUAAUGCACGGUUUAUCGACUGCUCUGCAAAGCACUCAGAGCUUUCCCGGAGCACCAGUGACGCUCGCAGUAGGGUCACCCAAUGCCUCCGCACACAGCCAGGCUUCCCAGGCUCCCCACAAUGGGACAGCAGCAGGAAUGGGCCCCAGUGUCUUCAGCCAGAUGGAUGAGAGUCAGAGGAUGUCUGGUGCGUCUGCGCAGGUUCACAGUAAAGACAUGAUGAAGCCCUUAAUCACAGAAGGCCUGCAGUUGCACAGUCCGGCUGUCAACACUUUUUUCGGGAUACCCAUUCCCAUUGAUGGGGAGGACGACAGGAAUCCCUCCACAGCUUUCUUCCAAGCCUUCCAGUCUGCCAGUAGGCUGAAGGACUCAAAGAUGACCUGUGAUAGUGCCUCUGGAGCAAGUGUGGUUGCCAUUGAUAAUAAAAUAGAACAAGCAAUGGAUUUAGUGAAAAGCCAUCUGAUGUACGCUGUGCGGGAGGAGGUGGAGGUGUUGAAGGAGCAGAUCAAGGAGCUCUAUGAGAGAAACUCUGUGCUGGAGCGAGAGAACGCAGUGCUCAAGUCUCUGGCCAACAACGAGCAGCUCUCACAGCUCCCCGUCCAGUCCAGCUCCAUCGCUCCCGUCCCGGGCCAGCCCCAGCUUCAGAUGGACUCCACCCAGAGCGCAGACCCCCCGCCGCCACAGACACAGCCCACCGUCACCUCCACCUGAAGCCUGUGCAGAAACCAGUCUCGUUCACUCGGACCACGCUCACCCCUCCCACCCAAGCUGGAGAAAUUGUGAAGAGAGUUAUUUUUUUAAUAAAGAGAAUCCAGCCAUGAAAGAGGUGUAUUUUUUAGCAUAAGAAGCGAGAGUCUAUUUUCAGAGCCACCGUACUUCGUGUGAUUUCCAUUCACCAGUCAAUUCAAUUGUACUGUCUGUUAUUUAUUAUAGGGCUGCUAUUUUCCGAGAGGAACAAUGUCACAGAACCCUUCGAUCCGACAGCGAGCGAGCGGCAGUCUUACAGUAUCGAUCAUCAAUGCAAGCGUAAACGGUGACCGAGUAGCAGUGGGUAGAGUGUAAACACUAACAGCGACGUUUCUCUGUGGAUUUAAGAAUGUGAACCUGGUGUGAAUGUACAUUUUGUAUAGUGUAAAGAUAAAAAGAGCGUAACAAGUUUGUACAGGUUUGUGAUCUAAACUGAAUCCUCAAUGGUCUACCCUGAUGAAGAAAGCUUGUAGGAUGUUGGAAAAAGAAGUCCGUUGCCAUAUUCUCCUGCCCCCUACCCUGACGUCUGGUAUGUUUUUGGGUCGGGAUUGAAAAGAAAAAAGAAAACAAACUGUGAAGUUGUUCAGCCUACUUUGUAACCAAAGAUUCAAAGCUGUGUAUUGCAUUUUUUUGUUAAUGCACACUCUAUGUAGGUUUUUUUUUUUUUUUCACAACCAACUUUUUUGUUGCUUUUAGGCAUGUUCUGCAUGAUCUGUAAAAGUCAAACCACUUUCUUACCUCAUUUGUAUUGGGCACUUGUAUUGUAAGUAGUGUGUGAAUCGUGUCGGUGGGGGAAGGAGAUAUAGAGGCGAUGGCGAGGAGAUAAAACAGUUUAGUGUGUGUGAGACGCACUAGCCACAAAAUGAAGUGAGCCAUGUUUUGUUCAUUUAAAUGGUGUUUGAAUUUCAUAUGCCAAUAGUUUUGUUACAUUGCAAAUUUUAAUGUAUUUAAAUAAAUGCAAUAUUCAAAUUACAAAA